AAAAAGCAACCUCAUCAAUUUAAUAAAAAAAGAAGUUUACCGGAAAAAGUUCUGUUACCUCUGAACGAUGACCGUAAUAAACAAGAUGGAUGUAGAUGGAGGUCCCAAGGGAGAGGGCUUCCGUUCAUACUACAUCACAAAAAUUGAAGAGUUACAACUUAUUGUUGCUGAGAAGAGUCAAAAUUUGAGACGUUUACAAGCCCAGAGAAAUGAACUUAAUGCUAAAGUUCGAAUGUUACGAGAGGAGCUAAUGUUGCUACAGGAACAAGGCAGUUAUGUCGGUGAGGUGGUCAAACCAAUGGACAAGAAGAAGGUUCUAGUUAAGGUACAUCCUGAAGGAAAGUUUGUUGUGGAUAUUGAUAAGAAUAUUGACAUCAAUGAUGUUACUCCUAAUUGCCGUGUUGCCCUCAGAAACGAAAGUUAUACCUUGCACAAAAUCUUACCAAAUAAGGUUGAUCCUCUAGUAUCUCUCAUGAUGGUUGAAAAGGUUCCCGAUUCAACUUAUGAAAUGGUAGGUGGCUUAGAUAAGCAAAUCAAGGAAAUUAAGGAGGUAAUCGAAUUACCAGUAAAACAUCCAGAACUUUUUGAUGCUUUGGGGAUUGCACAGCCGAAAGGGGUAUUAUUAUAUGGACCGCCAGGAACCGGAAAAACAUUAUUGGCUCGUGCUGUUGCACACCACACUGAAUGUACGUUUAUCAGAGUAUCUGGGUCAGAGUUGGUACAAAAAUUUAUAGGAGAAGGGUCCCGUAUGGUUCGCGAGCUAUUUGUCAUGGCUAGGGAACAUGCGCCCUCUAUUAUAUUUAUGGAUGAAAUCGAUUCUAUAGGAUCAUCUCGUAUCGAAUCAGGUUCCGGAGGUGAUUCCGAAGUACAAAGAACCAUGUUGGAGUUGCUUAAUCAGUUAGAUGGUUUCGAGGCAACAAAGAACAUUAAAGUCAUCAUGGCAACAAAUCGUAUAGAUAUUCUUGAUCCUGCUCUACUUCGACCAGGUAGAAUAGAUAGAAAAAUUGAGUUUCCACCACCGAACGAGGAAGCUAGAUUAGAUAUCCUUAAAAUUCACUCCAGAAAGAUGAAUCUUACUAGAGGUAUUAAUCUAAGAAAAAUUGCAGAAUUAAUGCCUGGUGCUAGUGGGGCCGAGGUUAAGGGAGUCUGUACUGAAGCUGGGAUGUACGCUUUAAGAGAAAGACGUGUUCACGUCACUCAAGAGGAUUUUGAAAUGGCAGUCGCUAAAGUUAUGCAAAAAGAUUCAGAAAAGAAUAUGUCUAUCAAGAAACUUUGGAAGUAAAUUAUUCAGUGGUUUAUUAUCUACAGCUCUUUUAAAAUGAGCUUAAUAGAUAAUUGUCGUUAGUAUUAGUAAAUUUUAUAUAAAUA